AUGAGUUUGGCCAUGGAUAUGAAUAAUUUAUCAUUAAAUGAUAAAGAAAUUGAUACUCUAUGUGCCAACACAGAUCUCCUAGACAUAACUUCUAAAAUAGACGAACUCUGUGAUAAAUUGCAACCUAGAACAAUCAUCAAAAAUCCAUAUUUUGAUUUGUUUCAGGGGACUCAUUCACUAGAAGUCAAUAACCCGAAAUUGGAUUCCUUUUUAAUCCCACUAAAAGCAUGUGAAGCAGAAUUCGAUUGUAACAUAAAACAUGGUUCAAAUAAAGAACAAAAUCUAAUAUAUGUCACUUCAAUAGCCGACAGAUUAGUCAGAUGCAUUGUAUCUUGGCUAAACGAUUACCAAUCUUUACCAACUACCCUUUUAAGCUGUAAAUAUAUGGAAUAUCUGUUAAAUAUCAAUUCUUCUCACACUGUAAAUAUAGAUAAAAAAAUUAAUACUGGUGAUCCAUUAUAUGAUUGCGUAUUGAGUGAUUUUAUUGUUUCUAUCUCCUAUUUUGCAGCUUUCAUUAAAUCCCUAUUAUUUAAGCGGGUUAUCUAUGAGGAGGAAGAUUUGAAUUUCAAUUCAAUGGGGUUGCUUGGAUUUGAUAGAUUACCUGCCCAAAGUGAUGUUCUUGAUUCAUUAAACAAAACAAUCAAAUGGGUAUCUGACUCCAAUGAUCUGAAUCCAAAUGAUUACACCCGACAUUUAAUCAAUCUUUUAAAAUUGGUUCAAUGUUUAGUGCAACUUGAAAAUAUCACCACUCAAUAUUCUACAGACACACAAUAUUUAGAUGAUCUCAUUCAAUUAGCCACAAUUCUGAACCAAACAGAUCUAUCAUUUGAAGUCCCGCAGGGAUCCUUUUCAAUGAGCAUUCAAAAGUUUUGUUCUAACCAAUUCCCACCCAAACAGAUAGUGACACCAGAGAGAAAAAACUACUUAGGGUUUAUCACCAUGGCAAAUGACAUUAAAUUGAUUCUUAAUGUAUCCAGAAUUGAUACUGCAGUGGAGUUGCAUCAAUUUGUAUCCUUUUUCAAUAAGUUAAAACAAAGACAUGUGUUGGCUAGAGCUCUAUUUCCUUUAUUCUUGGUCCAUCAAGAUGGCACCAUUGUAGGUAAAUAUUCGUUUGAUGAUUUGUUAUAUUCAUAUUUUAUGGAAUUUUCAUUGAUGGGUGCACAAAUUUCAAACAAUCUCGUCAAUCACCCUAAUCUGUCUGAGAGUUUAUCGAUGAUCUUGCAGGAUUGUUCUAAUGUACUAUAUGAAUUCUAUCAAAAUUGUUCACAGAAUACAGCUAGGUACAGACAAGGUUACAAUAGACUUCUACUGUUAUUGGAUUCUCUUCAAGCACAAUUAGAAACAUUAGAGUCUGAAUUCAUAUCUAAUGGUAUGCAUGAUAUUGUAAAAUCAACAAAUAACAAUAAUAACAACAAUAGCAAUAAUCCCACCACCACCAUCACUACUACUACUUUCAAUGUUGGUAAUACUGAAGUUCCGUUAAUGCCAUAUGCGUCAUGGAUAUUUACUAUUAAAGUAUUCGCGAUGAUCGAAUUUACAUUAAAAGGAUUUGAUUUGGAAGUUUAUAAACCAUUUGAAGCUUUUGAUAUGUAUUAUCAUGUUUAUCAUAUUUCAAAUCAACUGGAAUCCUGUCUUAAUAAAAUAUCUCAGUUUAUAAAGAAUAAGAUAGAUUCAAUUCAUUCCAUGAAUAAAAAAAUCAAGAAACUGAAAGCAGGUGAAAAGAAAGAAAAUUCAAAAAUGGAAUAUAACCGUUUGAUGAAGGAAGAAAUGCCUCAGUUGCAGAUAAACAGACAAUAUUUGAAAUAUUUAUUAUUGCAAUGCAAUAUUAACAAAUCGUUGAGUUUAUUCCAAGUCUUACAAUUUUCCAUAUUAAGAUCCGUCAAACUGAUUGAUGGUGUGGCACCUAAGACAAGUAAAUUUGUUAACCAAGAAUUGCUCCAUAACCUAAGAUUUAAGACCUUUUCAUCAAUUGGUGUACCUGAAUUACCAAGCUUUGAUAUAUUCCAAGACAUAUUGAAAAGUUUCACGAUUAAAGAAAGCCUAAACACACCAAUGUUUCACUCACAGAUGACCAGAAUGAAACAAUAUAUGAUAUCACAAAUAGACGAAGCCGAAGAAUCUGUUACUACAAUAAUUAAAGGUAUAAAGAGUAAUGAUAAGAAUGGAGAAAUUUAUACUGGGACAAGAUUAGUCAAAGAGGAAGCAUUAGAUUAUUACAACAAAUAUCUGGGAUCCACUUCGGGUCUAAGGGACAACAUGGAAAAAAUUGUAAAAAUGAUCCAAAAUCGUGAAACUAAUGAAAAGAAUAACUAUGAAGUUAUAUUACAAUUUCAACAGGGUUCAUCAACAUUCUUCCCUGCAUUAACAGUAGUAAAAAAAGGUAAACAAGCGAACAAAGAAACCAACAAAUCAAUCUAA